AUGGAGGAGUAUCUAAAUUUACCACACGGCCACCUGCUGAACCUCCAGCCACGACCUCGGAAUCCACGACGAGCGAGAGCUCCCCACGACGAGGUAACGCGAAGCAGUUUCCCCAGUCAAGAACCGGAAAACGUGGUGGUCGACGAGGAAGAUCACAUCGACAGUCCAGCGAGCAAAGAGCCCGACACUGCACCCGCAACCCCAGCUCUCCGAAGAAAGAAAGCCACCAAGCUUCCUAUGCCCAAAUCCUUAACGGGAAAGGCUAAGGACUGGCAGACCGACAACCCAGCGGAGUCUGAAGAGCAGGAGCUAAAGGACUACUCGCCUGCCCCGCUCAAGGACUCUUCUCCUGAGGCAUCGAGGCCUGGAGCAACUCCACCAACCGACAAAGAUCGUGAGCAGUAUUGGCGCAAGGUUCGAGAGAUGUUCGACAAGGAUGGGAAGGACAGACCCAAAGGUCAUUACCAGGAGGCCUACCGAAAGAUUCUUUCGCUGGCAAACUCGUCGAAACAAGAGAUUGCCAAACAAAAGCUCAAGUACGCUGGGGGUUACGGUCACCCUCUCAAGUCGUCGCCUCCACGGAGUGGAGUAGCCUGUAAGACGAAAAUCCCCAGCCCUAAAUCCGCCAGUCAUUUGAGUUCCGCGGCGAUCACGCGUAACCCGCUGGGCUGCCAUCCACCAGGCCAGGUGAAGCCAAGGUUGAAUCGAGAUAGGAGUUUAAGCUUGGAUACACGUGAACAUGCGGCCGCGAAGGCUUCCGACAAGACCGACACGACAACGGAGUCGUCCAUUCGAUCGUACCCUUCUAUAUCUCCUGUAUCGGGUCCAAGUAGCUCGAUCACGGAAUGGGAAGAUCGAUUUGUUGUCAACAUGCCCUCAGCCAAAGAACCGAAUCCGCCAACAAUGGACGGCGAACAGAUCGCUGAAUUUCAGAAAAGCAUCGAGAAGGUCCACAGCGAGGGUGGUGCAAUGCUGGACCCAGACACACUUCCAAGUCCUCGCACAAGGUCUCCCGAAGACAAUGCCGACCAACAUGAAAAGACCCUGAAGAGUUUUGAUGGCCAAGAUUCGCGGUCCGCUCCACCAGAAGAGAUAUCAGACCCUGUACCCGGAGAGAUACCCGACCAUCGCCGUUAUUAUUCCCCCGAUGAAGUAGGGAAGCAGCGAUUCAGCACAAUCUGGGAAGAAUCCCCGGGAAGGGCAAAACGACCGGACCCUGACUUCAACCCGGACGGUUCUUUUUUAGGGUGCAAGGAAAUAAAGGGGCCCAAAGACAAGAAUCCAGACGAAAUCCUGCUUUUCUCGACAUUUGCCUCCCCCACAGACGAGCGCCCGCGACUAAUAGACGUAUCACGAGCCCCGAAGGAAUGGAAGAAGGCGGCGACUGGUCAAACCCAGCCGGCCGCAGAACAGAAGGGCACGGCGCUUCACGAAGAAUGGAAACCGAUUUCUCAGAAUUUGAAGAGUGCCCUCUGCUCGAAGCCGUCACCCAAGACGCUAUGCCAGGAGGCCAAGUGCCAGCAACCGGAGCGAACAGCAGUCCCAUCCAAACCGCAAGAGAAGGAGAACGCAAAUUCUACAGGCCUCACCAGAGGCCGCCACGUGCAGAAGAAGAACAAGCGCUCGGACGAUGUAUUCAUUAUCACACCCACUAUCACACGCACUUUGGUGAACAUGGAAGACACGAAUGGUACCAUGCGGAAGAGAUCUGGAACCACAGAGGGCAUGUCUGCAGCCGCCAGAUCCACCGGCUGCCGCAACGACAUCGCCAUCGACCCAAGACCAAAGCCCCCAGCCGGCUCCAUUGCCUCUGGUCUGCGACGAGCGACACAAAACUCAUGGGAAAGAUCAAACGCGUCUUCAGUGCCUUUCCGUCCGAGCGACCUCCCCGUUGGGAAAGUCGACACCGACCGCACGGGCGUGGAACGAGCACGCGCCAUCCGUGGGUUCAUCCGUAUGCCCGGGAUGGUCAAGUCGUCCACAGAAAACUUCGACACACGCACACACGAUAAUCACGAGCAAACCUCCCAGGUCUUCCCUCCGAUGUCUGCCCAUGGCGAAACACUGCCUGUAAGGAGCGUUUCAGAUUCUCCACGAUCUGGGUCUCCUGCUAAACCGGACACGCGACCUGAGUAUAGCAGCAGUAUGCGGUCGGCUCGCAUUGUCGAAGUCGCAGAGUUGGAUGGGUUUCAGUUAGGUGAGCCUAGGGAAAGCCGUAAGGAAAGCGGCACAGUGGGUGCUAGGUUCGAGGGCAGGCAGUCUCCAGCGCAAAAUGUCACUAUCAACGCGGUGUCUACUGUCCGACGAAGGAGCAUUGCAGCGCCAAGUGAGCCCCAACAAGUGCUGAACCCUUUGACCUGGAGUCUCAUAAUGGACAUACUGGCCCUGUCAGCAGCUCAGGCACAUGGCAUCUACAAUCAACUGGUCGGUAAUCGGAAGUCGCGGAUGGACCUAGCCAAAGCCAGCUUGAACUGCAUUUUGGGCAUGCUGGGGCAUUGCUUGUACGUGUUCAAGGAAAUCUUGACGGCAUUCGCUACCUACAACGCGACAGGCAAGUGGCCUCGUAAUGAAGACAAGGAUCUCCUUAGCUCACUGACCGAAUUCGGUCAAGCCAUUCUCUAUCUCGUUGCUUUGGGCUUCCUGAUGAUGAUGGUCGGACGAGCAGCCGGAUACGUUGUUCUCAUUGGAAGCUGGAUCGUGUGGUUUACGAAGCCCUUUGGGUGGAUCUUGGGGUCUCUGGCCAGAGCUGUGUUGACGUGA